AUGCUUGCCGCCGCGUGCGAAGACGGCUUUGUUCGCCUGUUUGACGUCUCGCAUGGCGCGCUCGAGUAUUCACGCUGCUUCUCCGACAAGCAUGAUGGUCGCAUUCUCAGUGUCGCUUGGCAUCCUGACGAUCUCAGCAUCGUGACUGGUGGAUCGGAUAGCACCAUUCGCCGCAUUACGGUGGCCUCUGGGCGCACCGCUUUGCGCAUCAGCGUGGAAACGCAGAACGAGCGCACGCUGGUCUGGGCCGUACGCGUCAUGUCGGACGGCACGAUCGUUUCGGGCGACUCGCUCGGCCAUACACAAUUCUGGAAUGGCCAGUUUGGCACCUUGUUGCAUCGAUUCCGCAGCCACUCUGCCGAUGUUCUCUGUCUUGCCGUCAAUGCUGCCGAAGAUACCGUGUACACGUCUGGCGUCGACAACAAGCUUGCUCAGUUCCGCUUUGUCGUCAACCAGCCAAUGGCACCCGGUGCAGCAACCUCCGAUCCGUUCGCUAUCGGCGCCAUGCAGACGUCGCUGGUUCCGGCCGCAUCGGCUCCGGACGAUCUGAGCGGGUCGGCCCUUCGCCGUCCGAAGGGCAAGUGGGUUUCCGCUGGCAAGUCACGAGCCCAUACUCACGACAUUCGUGCUCUAGCCCUUGCCCCGGCGCCCUUUGACAUUCUCGUCUCGGCUGGUGUCGACACCAACCUGAUUGUCUACUCGUCGGCGAACUUUGAAACCGUGCGCCACGUUCGCCUGCCCCCGUUCCCCCACACCCCUGUUAUCUCUAUCGCUCCUGCUCUCAAGAUCAUGCUGUGCCAGCACUCCUCCAAACUGCAACUAUGGCGUCUCGGCGAAGCCGACCGCGACCACAUUCUUGAUUCUGCAACGGAUGUACCACAGCUCCCAAUCGCUUCCAAUGCGGUUCAAUUGCUCGAAAUCCAACCAAAGAGCGCCUUCAACCUUGUUGCGAGUGCCCUCGCGCCAACUGGCGAGUUUAUUGCUUAUAGCGACUUGUUUGGCACCAAACUGCUUCGGACGAACAUUGAUUUCAAUGCGAACAUUGUUCAAGUCCGCCGCGUUAAGAACCUGCCCGAGGAAGUCCUUCCUGCACACCGUCUGUUGUUCACGCCGGAUGGCUCCAAGCUCAUUAUUGCUGCUCGCAAUGCUAAUAUUCAAAUUGUGGAUCUCGAGUCGAUGCAGCUCGUUCGCACAUUCUCCCAGCACCUUGCUGGUGAUGACGGCGUUAUCGAAGAUGAGGCGGAUCCCAUCACCCCUAUUUUUACACUCGCUGCCAGUGCUGACGGACAAUGGCUCGCCUCAGGCGAUCUGCGCAACCGCAUCCAUGUCUUCUCCUUGGACGGAUUCCAGCACCACGCGUUGCUUCCCCAGUUUGAUUCCCAGCACACCGUGUUGGCCUUCAACCCCGGAAACCCAUCACAUCUCUACGUUGCCACCGUUGGCAACCAACUCUACGCGUUCGACGUGGAACGAAAGCGACUGACGGACUGGUCGCGCAAAAACACCGACUCUGGCUUCCCAUACCACUGGCUGCGUCGUCGCGAGAAGAUUGUGCACAUUACGUUCGAUCCUCGCAACUCUUCCAAGGUUAUUCUGCAGUCCCAUGCGCUCUUCUGCGUCGUCGAUGUUAGUCGGAACAUGAAGCAGCAAAAGAAGGCAAACAAAGGUCCAGCUGCUGCUGCCGCCCUGCCUGGUACCAAUGGCUCCGCCAAUGCUGAGUCCAUGGAUGUUUCUAACACGAUGGCUGCCUCUGUAUUGGCCGCUGGUUUGUCGAGCUCCGCCGAGACAGACAAUGGCGGAUUGCAACUGGUUGACAAGUACAAACCGCUGCUCUUCUUUGACUUUCUGGAUGCCUCAUCGAUGGUGGUUGUGGAGCGACCGUGGCUCGCCGUCAUGGAGUCCUUCCCACCCACGCUCUACCGUGUGCGAUAUGGCACAUAA